AUGGACCACCUACUGAAGUUUGAUGAGCUUUGUUUGAAGCUCAGGGCUGCUGGUGACAGCAUGGAUGAUGAUGAGAAGCUAGUACUUCUCUUGGGAAGCUUAUCAUCUGAAAUUGAUGAUAUGGUGCGCAUAAUUGAGGCGCACAGCAACGUGACGCUGUUGGACGCAAAAGAGAUGCUCCGGCGGGAGUAUGACACGCUACAGAAACGUGAUAAGAAGAAACUGCUUUUAAAGCACAAGCUCAGCCCAAUGUGA